GCUAGCCGUCCACUUGCUGGGCUCGCACUGGGGCGGGGAGAGGGCGCGCGGGACGUGCGCUGCCUUCGGGGCGCGGACCGUGUGAGGUUCUCCCGCAGCCCUGACGCCUGGCUUUCCUGCGAAGCGGGGCGAGGUCACUGAUGGGCUCAUUAAGCCGGCAGGUAGGCAGUGCCCCGGCGGCGGCAGGCGGUCCUGGAAUGUACGAGGGGCGUGAUGACAGCGGCUGCCGCCGGCCUCUUUGCGCAACACCUUCGCUAUAUAUACCCGGGCUGCGGAGCUCCACCUGGGUGCCUCCUUCGGUCCAUUACCUGCGCUGGGAGCGCUGACCAUGGCUCCUUGGCCCGAGCUGGAAAAUGCCCAGCCCAACCCUGGUAAAUAUGUGGAAGGGACCACUAGUCCGCAGUCCACCAGCCCUGGGAAAGGCAAGGAGACCAACAAAACUGACACUGGGGCGCCUGCGACCAAGAUCGAGCUUCUGCCGUCCUAUUCCACCGUGGCGCUGAUAGACGAGCCCGCCGAGGUGGCAGACCCCUGGGACCUGCCCGAGCUUCGGGACACCGGGAUCAAGUGGUCAGAGAGAGACACCCAGGGGAAGAUUCUCUGUGUCUUCCAAGGAAUCGGGAAGUUCAUUUUGCUGCUGGGAUUUCUCUACUUCUUCGUGUGCUCCUUGGAUGUCCUCAGCAGUGCCUUCCAGCUGGUUGGAGGAAAGGUGGCUGGACAGUUCUUCAGCAACAACUCCAUUAUGUCCAACCCCAUGGCGGGGAUGGUGAUUGGAGUGCUGGUGACUGUCCUGGUACAGAGCUCCAGUACCUCCACGUCCAUCGUCGUCAGCAUGGUGGCCUCCUCACUGCUGACUGUGCGUGCUGCCAUCCCCAUUAUCAUGGGGGCCAACAUUGGGACCUCCAUCACCAACACCAUCGUGGCGCUCAUGCAGGUGGGAGACCGGAAUGAGUUCAGAAGGGCUUUUGCAGGAGCUACUGUCCAUGACUUCUUCAACUGGCUCUCCGUGUUGGUGCUCUUGCCCCUGGAGGCGGCCACCCAUUACCUGGAGAUCCUGACCGAUGUGGUGGUGGAGACCUUUCACUUCAAGAAUGGAGAAGAUGCCCCAGCACUUCUGAAAGUCAUCACAGACCCCUUCACGAAGCUCAUAAUCCAGCUGGAUAAGAAAGUUCUCAACCAAAUCGCGAUGAAUGAUGAAGCAGCCAAAAACAAGAGUCUGAUCAAGAUUUGGUGCAAGACUUUUACCAGCGUGACUCAAAUGAAUGUCACUGUCCCUUCGCCUGAGAACUGCACCUCGUCUUCCCUUUGUUGGUCGGAUGGUUUGAGCGUCUGGACUACUAAGAACAUGACCUUCAAGGAGAACAUUGCCAAAUGCCAGCACAUCUUUGUGAAUUCGAACCUCCCGGAUGUCGCUGUUGGCGUCAUCCUGCUGUUAGUCUCCCUGCUGGUCCUCUGCGGCUGCCUGAUCAUGAUUGUGAAGCUCCUUGGCUCCGUGCUCCGGGGACAGGUAGCUGUUGUCAUCAAGAAGACUAUCAACACUGAUUUUCCCUUUCCCUUUGCAUGGGUGACUGGCUACCUGGCCAUCCUCGUGGGUGCAGGCAUGACCUUCAUCGUGCAGAGCAGCUCCGUGUUCACAUCUGCUAUGACCCCACUGAUCGGUAUUGGUGUGAUCACCAUCGAGAGGGCAUAUCCACUCACGCUGGGCUCCAACAUCGGCACCACCACCACCGCCAUCCUGGCUGCGCUGGCCAGCCCUGGCAAUGCCCUGAGGAGCUCGCUGCAGAUCGCCCUGUGCCACUUCUUCUUCAACAUCUCGGGCAUCAUUCUCUGGUACCCGAUCCCCUUCACCCGCCUGCCCAUCCGCCUGGCUAAGGGACUGGGCACCAUCUCGGCCGAGUACCGCUGGUUCGCCAUCUUCUACCUGUUGUUCUUCUUCUUCCUGAUCCCGCUGGCCGUGUUCGGCCUCUCGCUGGCCGGCUGGCCGGUGCUGGUGGGCGUGGGAGUGCCCAUCAUCUUCCUGAUCCUUGUGGUGGUGGUCCUCAACAUCCUGCAGUCGCGCUGCUCACGCAUCCUGCCGGGGAAGCUGCAGACCUGGAACUUCCUGCCGCUGUGGAUGCACUCGCUGAAGCCCUGGGACGACCUGAUCUCGCUGCUGUCCGGCUGCUGCCAGAACCGCUGCUGCCUGUGCUGCCGUCUGUGCUGCCGCACCUGCUGCCUGCUCUGCGGCUGUCCCUCGUGCUGCCGCUGCAGCCGCUGCUGCCAGGACCUGGAGCAGGAGCCUGAGCUGCCCAUCAAGGCCCCCGAGGCCUUUGAUAAUGUGGCCAUGAGCCAAGAGGCCCAGGACGGGCCCCCUCAGUCUCAGGGGGAGGCCCCGGGCACAAAGAGCACCUCUAGCAGCACAGCCUUGUAGGGGCCUCCCAGAGGCGGGGUGGGGGGGGCCCAGCCCACCGGGGCUCCCCGGGCCUUUCUCUGCCUGGCAGGGAGCCGUUCCAUCCUGAGAAAGGGUGUUCACAUCAGCCCCCCACUUUCAUUGCCCUUGGCCCGGUGUAUCAGCCCUCCCAGUAGCUUAUCGCAGUGCGGGCUCCCGGGCUCCCGGGCGGGAGGGUGCUGGGCAGUCCUGGAAGAGCGGGAAAGACAAUGGCUAGAGAUGAUCACACUGCCCAUCCCUGCCCCAGCUGGGUUGCUCCACAGGACCUGUUUUCAGACUCCAGCUGUCCUCUCCCAAAGAAAGCCCCAAGGGAGGGAUUAAUGAAAGGUUCUCAAAGAUGCACGUGUGAAGUGUGUAUGUGAUGGUGAGAACACUCAGACCUCUCUUUUACCAAAGAUUUCUCCAACCAAGAGCAGCUGCCCUGAGGAGUCCUUGCCCCAGACCAGACCCAUUCGGGGGAAAUAGUGUAAUUGUUGGGAGACUUGGUGAGGACCACAGGGGUGGGCCUUUCCCCCCUUGCCAGAGCUCCCCAAGUCCCUUGUUGGCUGUCCUCACCUGGGCAGGUGUGGCUCAUCUAAGCUUCCAGCUGUGUCCUUGCCCAAGUUUUCAGGGCGGGAGCCGCGUCUGAGCUACCAAGACAGGUUCAGGGUGCCCUUCGGCUCACCGGUUGGCUCCAUCUUUCUGAGACGCGAGCGGUCCUGGUCCUGAGCUGGACAGUUGGAAGAUGAGAGCUAGGGAAUGGGGAGUGCUGGGGGUGGAGAGGGUUAAUCUGCUGAAAGGGCCUGGGCUCUUCUUGACUUGGCUGAUCUAGAAGCCGGAUUGACCACUGUGGCUAGAGCCUAGUGCUGCCCUCUUGGUCAGAGAAAAUCAUCCUCCUGGAGUCUUUUGGAAUAAGAUAUGCAGCCACUCUGAGCCUCCCCCCCCCCACUGCCACCUUGAGCCCCGGGAAAGCCAGGGGACAAUUGUAGCUUGUCUGCUACCCCACUCUCUGUGCAAGGUAGAUGUCUGGGUUGUGUUUUUUGGUGGACAGCUUCCAUUCAUCCAUCCAAGCCAGAAACUUUCCAAACAUUCUCCCACAUUCCCGUAGAUAAGUAAGCUCCGAUUUCCGGCCCUCUCCAUGCCUUUGGAGAUUCAACCUUUUCUCAAAGGGCAGAAACCGGACAUGGCCAGACUGCCCCCAGAAUGGUGAUCAUCAAGUAGCAGUAGGGGUCCGUGUGUGGCUGCCAGUCCAAGGGCUGUGCUGCUCCUUGCCCUCUGAUGCUCUCUCUGUGCCUUCUAGAGCCGCCUGCUGUCUUGACACCUCCUCCCUGCACCCCUGCACUGCUUCGCACCCUGAACCAUCCUAGUCUGCCCCGGGAGAGGGUGGGAGCCUCAGCGGAGUCUGGGGGAGGGGUUCAGUGCAGCCACACUCAAGACCCUGUUCUCCCCCAUCCUGGCUUGUGUGUCACCUUAGCAGGUUGGGAUGCCAAACUGAGCCCUCCUUUGACUCUUAACCCCUGUAGAUACCAACUCCCUAACAGCCAUUUAUACACUAUUUAUAGUCACACGUCUGUACAGCAUUUUUCAUAAGUUAUAUGGUAAGGAGUAGUGUGAUUUGUGUUUUGUGGUGCUCUCAUUUGGAAAUGAGGCCGGGUUCUACUAUGAAAUAUAAAGAAAGCCCCUUUGUAUAUUUUGUAAUACCGCCUUUUCGAUGUGCCUCUAUAGCCACACCCGGGCCACACACCCUGUAAAUAUGUCAGUGAAGCCUGGGCAGGGCUGUGGCCCUCUUUGCACACCAAUUUUUUCCAUUGGAUCCUUGUACCCGUGUUGAUUGUAUUUUUUUUUUACUGGUUGUGGGAAGGGAGAAAUAAAAGACAAUCAAAC